AUGUCUUCUUUCGCUUUCUUCUUGCUGUGCGUUCAAGCGUGCUUGAUCCAGAAUGUAUACAGUCAGUGUCUCGGAGCUGGACUUGGUUUAGGAUAUGCUCCAGGAUUGGCCACUGAAUUAGCUUACGGACCUGGAUUAGGUCUUGGAUACGGUCUCGCUGGGACUGGCGCCCUUGGCAACUUAGGGUGCAAUCCUGGUCCAGUCUACGGGGGCACAGGCAUCGGUGACGUAGCGGUCGCAGGCGAGUUGGGUGUCGCUGGUAGCACCCUAGUAGCCGGCCAGGUGCCGAUUCUGGGCGCUGUUAGAUUCGGUGGUGAAGUUCCAGCUGGUGGUUGUGUCUCCAUCACCGGAAGCUGCAGCGGAAACUGUGGUUGCGGUUGCAAUGGUGGUUACCUGUACUGA